AGUUAGCACAUUGGAGUGUAUAGAGUGUAUUGUUCUGCUAGCUGGCGGAAAAGCUUUCUCGCAAUAGCGCAUGCAAUUCAUUUUGAAAGUGAAAUUUACGAAAUCGUGAGCGUUAAUGUACAUUUGCAAUCGAACUGUCCGACGGUGCGGAGGACAAACACGCAGAAACAUUAAAAAUAUUGCGCAAAGCAACGGUUUUUAUUAUAAUAAAAAAAUAGGGGAGACAAUAUUUACUUUUUCUAAUUGCCAUACAACAGUUUUUCUUAAGCUUUUCGCGCAAUAUUUCGUAGCGUCGGAGAAGUAUACUUGCAAAUGAGAUACAACAAUAAAAAAUUUAAAUAAAUAAAUGAGUUAAAAUUUCGUAUUUGGAGGGGUGACGAGAAAUAAAUUCAAAAAAUAAGAACAAAAUGUGCAAAAUAUGUGAUAGUACAGAAAGAAAACGUGUAGAGCGUGGUUAACAGCAGGCGAGAGGUAAACUGCAAGUGUGAAAAUUUAUGGAACAAAAAUUCGUUACUUUACCCCUAAAUGGUGCUAACUGCUACCUGCUACUUUGGUACUUACAAUACUUUGUUCGCCUGCGACCACGUCAGAGCUGUGAAAGGAGAAAGGUUACUAGCUGCUCACUGGUAGUACUACACAACAACUCCGAUUUAAAAGCAACAAUUAAUAUUCGAAGAAAAAUAAUAAAUAUAAAUAACAAAAAAAAAAAAUGUAUUGCCAUUAAAUUCACAAUUAUUUGAAAUACAAGUUUGCGUUGAAAUGAUAUUAAAUGCGUUAACAUAUGUCACUUUCGACAAUAGCUGCUGGCUUUUCAGCGUUGACGCCUGAGCGUUCAGUCGCGAAGAGAGCACAAUAGAGAGCCAAGAAUGUACGGCAGAUGAAAGCAGCAAAGCAGAGAGCUUUAUUAAUGCCAAAGUAAAUGCGAAAUACAUACAAACACACAAGCAAAUAUACAAAUACAAAUGAGUGCGGAAAAUUGUGAAGAAUUGAUAGUAAAAUCCAAAGACAAUCUCGUACAACAACGGAUGCCACCAAAGAAAAUAUAACAAACACCCCACCAACACAAAGGAAUAAGGCAAUAUAAGAAGUAAAUAUAUUGGCAGUAAUAGGUAGCAGUAAAAACUUACACAUACACAUGUUAUAGACCACCGAUACAAAUUGAGACGGAGCAGUAACAAUAUGUUGAUAAGCAAAAGUUCCUAAGCAACUUCUUAAGCUGAAACAAGCAUAAGUAUAGAACUAACACACACACAUACAUAAACUUAUAGUAAAAAAAAUACAAAUAUAUUUAAUGCGUAACUUAAAAAAUAAAAAUAAAAUAUAAAUAAAUAAACGAGCCAUCAGAAGGACGUACACGUGAUACUUGGAAGUCAUGUUGCGCCACAUGUUGCUGAUGUGAACACUGUUGCAUGCGUGUAUGGCGUACAUAAACAUAUAUGAGUAAAGAGGCACAUGUAUGUUUUUGGCGAAGUAAAAACAAAUAAAGCAUUACAACAAAAUUGAAAUUGUCAAUGCAAAAUGAAGAAACCAGCAAAAUACUAAGAAAAAAAAAAGUAAACAAAUAAUACAUAAAACUAAAGUAAAUAUUACAUACAUGUGUAAAUAAGAAUAAUUAUAUUACUAAAAGUGAGAAAUAAAUUUUGUUUGCAAACGUGAAUAAUGAGGAAGCGGCAGAGUAGCAGAAGAUCGGUUAAUUAAAUAUAUGCAAGUGAAUGCGAGCAUAAAGAAUCAAUAAUGUAAACCCUCCAAUAGUCGAACUAGUUAAAUUAUAGAACAAAAAAUGUAUAUAUUUGAAAAUAUUAAAAAAAAAUUACACUAAUUAAAUUAAAUUACAUAGAGAGAUAUACGUGAAAUAAGACGGAAACAAAAAUAAAACAUCAAAAUCAAAAAAAUUCCAACAUUUUUUGGCGGCAAUUAAUUGCAAAAUAAACGCAGCGAACCGGCUAAGAAUGAUUUGGCAAAUGCAGCAAGGAAAUAAAUAAAAAAAAAGCCUGUAGAAAAAACUACUACAGCAAUCUAAAUAAAACACGUUACAACAACUAAACAAUAGUACAUGUAAACGCACACGAUGUUGUGUUUAUAAACAAAUAUUAAUGGUUUUUAGCUGUGAUACAACGUCUAGCGAUAAUUCAAAACGAUGGACUUGGCGACCGUACCGCCGGAGCUUGAGGAGCUCCUUAUCUGCAGCUGUUGCCAUUUACCCUUCAACGAUAACGAUGCGCUGCCCAAGCUUCUCACGUGUCGCCACUAUUUCUGCCUCAAAUGUGUCAAUUCGUUGCUGCGCGAAGGCAGCGAUGAACUCUACUGUGUACACUGCUGGAAGCGUACCGAACUACAGGGACCCGAGCCACGUACGGACAGUUUACCCACCUACAAUGCGAUUUUAUAUCUCACACAGAAUUUGACUGCGCUUAGUUUAAAAAUGAAAUGCGGUGAACGUGAUCGUCAGCAGCGUUCGUCGUCGAUUGCAUCGAAUGGCUCCACCGGUGCGCUUAGCGGGAGUGGCGUAAUUAAUAAUAGUGUCAAUAACAACAACAAUAACAGUAACAAUAGCGAUGGCAGCAACGGUAAUCUAAGUAGUAUUGGCGUUGGCAACAACAAUACGAACAACAAUUUGGAUAAAUUAAAAAUGACCGAAAAUUGCAUGACCCAUGCCAUGCCGAACACAUUGUGGUGUAGCGCGUGCAAUAUCUUGCUUUGUCGCGCCUGUGCCGCCACUGAAGAGCAUCGCACGCAUUUGGUGAAGAACAAAAUCGAAGCCAAGGAAUCGCUACACUCGGACAUAUCAAAAGAGUUGCUUGGCAUGCAGAAGACGCUGAACGAUGUACAACAUUUGGUAUUAAAGCAGCGUGAUUUUCUGCUCAAAAUAUUGGAGAGCUGUACCACGCUCAAGACCCAAAUCGAAGCGGAGCUGCUGAAUCAUAUGCCCACUUUGGAGAUUUCUGAAAUACGUGAAAAUUUAUGUAAGGCGCGGCUCUGCCUCGAAAUACUUGACAAACAGACACCAGCUGAGGCUCUAAAGCUCUAUGCCACAUUGCAUGCCGAGAAGCAGCGGCUAAUUGCCAAGUAUCAGGAGAUGUUCCUGCAAUGUAAAUUGGACGAUAUGAUACGCAAUUGUGGCUAUGUCUUUGAUUUCGAUCUUAUCAAGCAAGCGCUUGUGCAAAUGCAUAAUUGUGUGCUCAAUGGCGGCAAUUUGGAUAAUUUCGGUGUGGGUUCGGUAAUUGGUGGCCUCAAUGGCAUAACGACGGCUGCCCAUCAGAACCCGGUUCUGCUUCUGGCCAAUUAUUGCAUUUCGCAAUUAUAUUCGCGUCAUAUGUUGUUGUUGAAGCAACAGCAGCAACAGCAGCAGCAACAACAACAACAACAACAACAGCAACAGCAACAUCAACAGCAACAACAGCAUUUGUUGUCGAACGGUUUGCUCACCUCGAUGAUAUCACAUGUGAGUCUUUCCACAACUAUUAACGGUAAUUUGCCCACAUCGAACGCCAGUUUCACACAUGCAACCUAUGCGCAGGCCCUGCAACAGAAUCAACCGUCGAAUAAUAGCGUUGCACAACAACAACAAGCUAACAAUCCAACUUCGCCCGUACACAAGACUUACGCCGACAUCAUUUCGCUCUCUAGCAAAUCUAACGCGAGCUUACAAGCCGCCCAACAGCAGCAACAGCUGUUGCAACAACAACAAUCAGCAAGCGGUAAUUUCGCCAAUAUCGCACCAAUUGGCACACCGGCAACGACAUCAAAUACAUCAGUGGUGGUUGGCGCACAACGCAACAACACCUCACAUCUCUUUUCCAGCACCGAUCUCAACGGUUUAGGUCUAAGCUUACUGCAUCUGCAACAACAACAACAACAACAACAACAGCAGCAGCAGAAUGCUACGAAUACACAACAACAAACGAAAUCAACAUUGCUACUUAACCCCAGCGUACACGUCUAUCCAAUCUAUUAUUUUAACAUCGAAAUCAAUGGGCAACACUCCGGGCGCAUCCUAAUAGAGGUGCGUAGCGAUGUUGCGCCGAAAAUGGCGAAGAAUUUCAAUGCACUCGCCACUCAAGAGCUCGGCUAUGGUUAUAAGGGUUGUCACAUUUUCCAGUGUUGGGAAAACGAGAGUAUUAUUACGGGCGAUUUUGAAUUGAAUAAUGGGCGUGGCGGACGCUCGGUAUACGAUGAGGGCUUCUUUAUGCCCGACGAUACAAAAAUACUAGCCAUACGCGGUUCGGUUGGCAUGCGACGCAGUCAAAAGCGUCACGAUAAUUUAGGUCUCGUUGGUUCACAGUUCCGUAUAAUUUUAAGAGAAAUGCGCGGUUUUACAGGCAUAUUUGCAUUUGUGAUCGAGGGUUUGGAUUUAGUAGAGAAAAUAUCACAAACCGGCGAUGCGACUGGUAAGCCACAGAGCAGUGUUGUCGUGGUAAGUUGUGGCAAAUAUCAGUUGGGUUAGGUGCAAUCAGCAAGGUCGAUAGUAGUGGUUAGGGUAUAAGGAAGCGAAUAGUUUGAAGGAUACGAACUUUUUGAUAAGCGUAUGUUAAGAGGUUAUUUAAAAAUAUCCUGAGUUUAGAUUUCCUAUACCAUACUUAUAUAAAACAUCUUUUAAGAUAGUAGUUGUAUUGUAGACUAUGAGCGUGCGAGCGUGAUGGCACUAUUAUAAUAUGUAGCAUAUAUUUAAAGAAAGUAGUAAAGGCGAGUGAACAUCGGAUAUCUUAUUUACUUAAAAACAAAAAAAAACCGUUAUAUAGAGUGCAAGCAGUUUUCGAAAACAUUGCUUUUUUUAACGUAUAAAUAUAAUUUAAUUAUACUCUUACGAUGGGGUGAUAGCGGAUGUGACGUUCGUUAAAUUAUAUAAAAAUAUUUUGAAAACAAAUAUUGGCAUAAUUGGCGUAUUCUAAAAUAUACAUUAUUGGUUAAGGGGCUAUAACACUUAUUCUCUCAAAAAUAACGGUUUUUUUUUGAAGACCUCAAAUUCAGUUUCUUACUCCCAAAACAAACUUACGUUUUAAACGCAAAAAAAUUAGAUUGAUAGGUCACAUAGCAAUAAAAUAUGUUUGUAUUUUUUGACCAACACAAGUGUAUAAAACCGUAAACAAUUAGGAAAAUUUUUAAAAUACAGUUUUUCACCAGCAUAUAGUGAUAAUUUUUAAUAGUUCAUAAAUGCUGUAGGAUUCAGAAAAUUUACCAUGGAACUAUAAAAAUAUGAUAAAAUAUAUAUAUAUAUAUAUAUUUUUUUUUUUAUUUAAUUAAACUCUUAAAUGAUAUUUUCCUCACAUUACGCAUGAAGCCACAUUUAAACAAAUAAUUUUAUUUUUCAAUUUGAAAUUAAAUUUGAAUUGAGCUCAAUUUACUGUUUACGAAAUAAUAUAAUAUAACAGUUCUAAAAUCGCAUCACUCAAUAAUCAAUUGACUCAGAUAUUAAAAAAGUAAAGUCUGUAAUUUUUUUAAACAGUAACUUAAUUAAAAACAUAAUUAGUUUAAUUUAUUGCCAUAGUAAUUGAGCUUAAUUCGUUUAAGGUAUCUUAAUAAAACAUUUAAGUUUUAUCAUAAAAUAUUCAAUAAACAUUGAUCGCAAAAUGUUACAUUGACUAACCAAAUAAUACACUUUGCCAAAUAAAAUGUUAAUUGAGCUCAAUUUGAUAUAAUAGAUACUUUAAUUGAACAAUUAAGUUUCAUCACUAAAUAGCCAAACUUUCACAUUAACUUAUAAAUUUCGCACUCUCUACCAAAUAAAAUGUUAAUUGAGCCUUAAAAUGUUAAUUUGAGAAACCAAGAAGACUUAAUUGCGCAAUUAAUGUUUGAUUGUUUCUAAAUUAUUCUAUUGAAGCAGUGACCAAUUUAAAACCAUAAUUUUUUCAAUUUAUUCAAUAUACAAGUAUUGUUGCAUGAAUUUACUAUGGCAAAUAUCGAAAGCUGAGAUUUAAUUGAGUUAGAAUAAUAUAAUAAUUGAGUUAGUAUAUGUUAAUAGCGAUGAUUAGGUGCUGGUGAAGAACUAUAACCGAUGAUUUUGAAUUGAGUGUUUGAUCGAACAAAUUUACGCCAAGCCAAACCCUUGUUUCCUUAUUUAAUUAGAUUAAUAAAAUUCUAUAUUUUUGCAAUUUUUAAAAAUAAUUUAAAAUUUAUAAUUUUUUCUGAAAUCGUUGGAGGUUUAACAAUUAAUUUUAUAGUCACUAUAUCCACCUGAAUAUACAUAUAAUCGAGUAUAAUUUGUCUAUGAAUAUAUAAAAACAAAUGAAUUAAAAAUCGAAAGCUACAUUUCAAACACCACAUUCCUUUCGUCACAAAAAGCUCGAAAACGAAACAAAACCAAUAAAUAUUAUAAGGCUUCAGUAAAAUAUUGAAUAGUGAAAAGGCAAAAGGCAAAAGUCCAAAUUAAUCGUAUGUGUGUGUGUGUACAAUUUAAGCUAGUGUUAAACGUCCGCUUAACAGAAUGUUAAAAACUGUAAAAUGCCGUUAUUGAUGGCUAGAAAACAAACACACACAAUUUUGAACUCGAAAAUUGUUGCUGUACUUUUCUUUUCUAAGGCAUUCGUUGAAACAGUAUUGCACAAAUAAAAAAAUGUAUAGCGAAAAAUUUUCACUAAAUAUUUAACAAACACUUUGUGGUAAUUAGACGAUAUGAAUUGACUAAUUAAUUUAAUACCGUGACAUACAGCAAACAAAGAACAAAGUGUAAACGUCUAGGGAAUUUCUACUCAUGGAGUAGUAAGCGUCAUUUUAGCACUUUUGUAGAGCGACAAAGCAAAAACCAAAGCAAAAAGAAAAACAAAAACCAAAUAACGAACAAAACUUAACGAUGAAUAGUUUAAAUUUACGGAGAAUCCACGAAAACUUAGCUACAUAAAUACAUAUACUUAUAGGUUGCAUGUAAAACGGUUAACGGAACCGGAAAUGAAGAAUAUUAUUACAAGUAUAUAUAAAUUGAGCCAACAACGCAAUAAAACAUAAAUGUGAAAAUAUAUACGAAGAACUAUGUAGUUGUUUA